CACUCGAGCACUGGUUUUUACUUACUUCCAAAAGCAACCUCCCUCUCUCUCUCUCCUCUCUACCGCUAUUUGGUUUUCAAAAACCGCUUCUGGAAAAAACCCUAAAUUAAACGUUUAUUUUGAUUUGAUUUGAUUUCCAGUGGUGGAAGGAUCUUAAUCUUAAGUUAAUGGUGGUGGAGUGAAGUGUGUGAUUAUGGCUACUCCGAAUGGGAUAUACAGAAAUGGUGUACCAAAGGGGGGAUCUACGAGUAUCAAAGUAGAAAGACCUUUUGCUUUGAAUUCAAAUGUGAAAUCUUCGAAUAAUAAAUCUAAAUUAACAACUUCAACAUCUAAUCUUAGAAGAAGUAGUCCUGGUUCUCUAUGUGGGGGAAAUACUACUAUUAAAGAUGAUUCUGGAGUUCCAGGAAGGGUUCGAGUUGCUGUAAGACUACGACCACGGAAUGGGGAAGAAAUGGUAGCAGAUGCAGAUUUUGCUGAUUGUGUUGAAUUGCAGCCUGAGCUGAAAAGGUUGAAGCUUCGCAAAAACAACUGGGACUCGGACACCUUUGAGUUUGAUGAAGUUCUGACUGAGUUCGCCUCACAAAAGCGUGUGUAUGAAGUAGUGGCUAAACCUGUCGUUGAGAGUGUCCUAGAGGGGUACAAUGGGACGGUGAUGGCUUAUGGACAGACUGGCACAGGAAAGACAUUUACUCUUGGACGGCUCGGGGAGGAAGAUACUGCAGCUCGUGGUAUUAUGGUUCGAGCGAUGGAGGAUAUUUUAGCUGAUGUUUCUCCAGAAGUGGAUUCUGUGUCAGUUUCUUACUUGCAGUUGUAUAUGGAAACCAUUCAAGACCUCCUUGAUCCCUCAAAUGAUAACAUAUCCAUUGUGGAGGAUCCAAGAACUGGAGAUGUUUCGUUACCUGGGGCAACCCUUGUAGAUAUCAGGGAUCAGCAUAGUUUCAUUGAGUUGCUAUCAUUAGGGGAAGCUCAUCGGUUUGCUGCAAACACUAAGAUGAAUACGGAGUCUUCCCGGAGUCAUGCUAUUUUGAUGGUGAAUGUCAGAAGGUCUGUCAAGGGAAGGGAAGCAGCCAUUUCGAGUGAGAAUGGAAACACCUCUCACCUGGUCAAGAAUUCAAAGCCAGGCGUUGUUCGGAAAGGGAAGUUGGUUGUAGUAGAUCUUGCGGGUUCAGAACGUAUUGAUAAAUCAGGAAGUGAAGGCCACACACUAGAGGAAGCCAAAUCCAUUAAUCUCUCGUUAAGUGCAUUAGGAAAGUGCAUAAACGCCCUAGCAGAAAAUAGUCCACAUGUUCCUGUUCGUGACUCGAAACUCACAAGGUUGCUUCGAGAUUCUUUUGGAGGCACAGCAAGAACCUCAUUGAUUGUAACCAUCGGGCCAUCUCCACGCCAUCGGGGAGAGACUUCAAGUACAAUCAUGUUUGGACAACGGGCCAUGAAAGUGGAGAAUAUGGUGAAAAUAAAGGAAGAAUUUGAUUAUAAAAGUUUGUCCAGACGGCUUGACAUACAACUAGACAGACUUAUUGCAGAGCAUGAAAGGCAGCAGAAAGUUUUCCGUGAUGAGCUUGAAAAAAUAGCUGCAGAAGCAGAAGAUCGUGUCUCUGUGGCUGAAAGGAAAUAUUCAGAAGCAUUGGAGAAUGAGAGACUUCAACACCAAAAAGAUUAUAAGGAAUCAAUAAAGAAGCUUGAAGAGCAAUGGGCGUUGAAUCAACAAAAACGCGAUAAAGAAAAUAAAGAUUUGGAAGCUAGCAGAGAGGGGCCUUCUGCAGCUGCUUCUGAGGAAAUUGCAGAGCUCAAACAAUUGCUUCAGAAUGAAAUUAAUUCGAGGAAAGCUGCUGAGCAGGAGACCAACACUGUUAAAGCUCAGCUGGCACAGUGGAAAAGGUCCGAGGCUGCUGGAAAUACAGAGAUUUUGAAGCUGCGUAAGAUGCUGGAAGAAGAGGCGCACCAAAAGGAGAAACUUGAGGAAGAAAUUACGAUCCUGAGGAGUCAGCUACUGCAAUUGAGUUAUGAAGCUGACGAGACAAGGAGGAGUCUGGAUAAAGGUGGAUCUGGCAAUGGCUUCACUGGUUUAGAUUCUCUCGUGUCUCAAGUUAGACAGUCACAACUCAAUGGAUCAGGAAAUGGACAAAAGGGAUCAAUUGCCAAACUCUUCGAACAAGUGGGACUGCAGAAGAUCUUGACCUUGCUUGAAUCAGAAGACGCCGAUGUUCGGAUUCAUGCAGUAAAAGUGGUGGCAAACCUAGCAGCAGAAGAAGCAAAUCAGGAGAAGAUUGUAGAAGCUGGUGGCCUAACAUCCUUGUUGAUGCUCCUCAGAAGCUCAGAGGAUGAGAUGAUACGUCGAGUUGCUGCUGGUGCUAUUGCUAACCUUGCGAUGAAUGAAACCAACCAGGAGCUUAUAAUGUCUCAAGGAGGAAUUAGUUUAUUGUCGAUCACAGCAUCCGAUGCUGAUGAUCCUCAAACUCUUCGAAUGGUUGCAGGAGCCAUUGCUAAUCUAUGUGGGAAUGAUAAACUACAGACAAAAUUACGUGCAGAAGGUGGGAUUAAGGCUCUGUUAGGAAUGGUGAGGUGUGCACAUCCAGACGUUCUUGCUCAAGUUGCUCGUGGAAUAGCAAACUUCGCAAAAUGUGAAUCCAGAGCAGCCACUCAAGGGUCAAAAUCUGGGAAAUCUCUCCUUAUUGAUGAUGGAGCUCUUCCUUGGAUAGUGCAGAACGCCAACAAUGAAGCCUCACCAAUCAGGCGCCAUAUCGAGCUUGCACUCUGCCAUUUGGCACAGCAUGAAGUAAAUGCAAAGGACAUGAUUAGUGGUGGUGCGCUAUGGGAACUGGUUCGUAUUUCACGAGACUGCUCUCGAGCUGAUAUAAGAACUCUUGCGCACCGGACUCUAACUUCAAGCCCUAUUUUCCAAGCUGAACUGCGACGGUUACGUAUUGACUGCUGAUAUCGGUUUUGCUUUAAGCUGCUUGCUUUGUAGAGUGUAUUUUGGCAGGAGCUUCUGCGAAAUCCAAAAAGCAAUUUAAUGUUGUGCAGAAGCUCAUCCUGUUUUUGUUGUGGCUUCAAUGUAAGAACUCAUACGUCAUGUAUGAUGUGCAGCCAAGAUCAUUGUUGACGUGUGUGUAGCAUGUGUUGUAACCAAUUUGAGGUUAGUAAAUGUUCACCGAGUGUCUCCAUUCUUUAUAUUGUUUCCUUUUGCUCCCCCUGUUGGUAUUCAUCUAGCUUCAUUUACAGUAGACUACCUUAGUCCAGCUUAAUUAUUGUAGAAAUUGAUUUGUAUAUGAAACAAAAAUGAAAAAAGAAAAAAAAAAGUUUCCCCAGUAUCUUGUAAAAACUGUUAUUGAGAAUCAUUCAGUUCA